CUGUCCACAGGUGCACCAACCGUGAUGCAGCAGCCACGAGUAGAGACGGAUAUCAUCGGGGCUGGCGAGGGGCCCCAGCGGGCAGUGCCCUGGUCAGCCUGGGUCACCCGUCAGGAGUGGGUGCGCUGGUGGGCAUGCCACAUGCCCCGGAGCUGGUCCCAGUGGUGGAAUACAUCAGGCUGGCGGCAACCACUACAGCGUAUGCUAUGGGGUCUGGAGGGGACACUCUACCUGCUGCUGGCACUGAUGCUGUGUCACGCACUCUUCACCACUGGCUCCCACCUGCUGAGCUCCCUGUGGCCUGUGGUGGCUGCCAUGUGGAGCCACCUGCUGCCCGCUGUCUUGCUGCUGGUGCUCAGUGCCCUGCCCGCUCUGCUCUUCGCUGCCUCCUUCCUGCUGCUCUUCUCCACAUUGCUGAGCCUCGUGGGCCUCCUUACCUCCAUGACUCACCCAGGCUAUGCUCAGGACCAAUAG